AUGGAUGAAUCCAGGCCAGAACAAGAUAACUCCGCCACAUCAGAUCACAGUACCCUGGCCGCCAUGCAGGACUUGACAGCAUCGAUCCAGAGUCUAAGCGCUAAAGACAACGAUCCAAUCCUGAAUGCUCUCGGUGAGGAAAUUGCAGCUGGGCGGGCAACGCACAUCCCAGAAGGGAGCCCAGUGCAGCUCAUGUCGCAAGAAGAGAUUGAUGAAAAGAAUGAAGCGCAUAGGGAGAAAUACACAGCCUUCUGGAAGGAUUUGCCGUCCUCACCAACUGACAUGCAAACCACUGAAGAUGCCUACCAAUGGGCUUUUGACCUAUAUCCUCAAAUCUAUCACUCUUUGGGAUGGCAUAAGAAUGAGGAUCUUCUUUUCACUGCAAAUAUCCUAUCAAAACAUCGUGACGACCUUCUAGAAGCACUCUUCGCCGUUGAAGCAUAUCGGCGUCAGCAACUCGAUGGUCCCCUGGAGCCAUCACGCGCGGCCUUCGAAUAUUCACGGUUACCUCGCCUGCUUUUGAUACUUGUUCGCCUAGAAGCCCGACGGAAUGAUGCUCGGGAAUGCCGCAACGGAGCUUGUGUGGAUUGUCGCUACUUCGAUGCGGACCAAACCCUCCAGGUUCUGAUGGAAGUGGGUCGAACACUGCGCCACGACAAACACUGGAGGGCGAAUGGCACAACUCUGCAGGAACUGCUGCAUCGCUGUUAUGCGCGGCGUAUUCUAUCUCAACCUAAUGCUGAUAAUCCUGAUAUUCUGCGAUACCAGUUCCAUCUCAUUUAUGACUGCCUGGAUGCGUUGAACUUUACGUCGCGGUUCCGCGAGAUUCGAGAUGCGCUUUGUCUUACAUUCUAUACCAGAUAUCAGACGGAGCCCAUUCAUAAGAUAUUUGACAUGGUCCAGCGUAACAGAAGCUCUCUCAAGGGCAUCGAGGAAUUCAAAGAGCUUCCGCUGGAAGAAUCUCCUGGCUCGACUUUCUUUCCCGAGACGCUCACGGUUCAGCACCUGCAGAAUUUUGGCGACUUGAGAAUUGAAUGGACAGACAAUCUGGAUGACCAUCUCAAAAUAUUCACCGGUCGCAAUGUGCUCAGGGUCUUUGCUCAUCCCACAUUCUUCUACAAUUGUCAAGAUCUCGUGGAAAGAGAUUAUAUCGAACCCAUGUAUUUCGAAUUGUCUCGGACAUACGCCCUUCUUUUUAGGCCUUCAUCCCGACCAGCACUGCGACUGCUGCGAGAAGCAACUGGGUCAGACGAGAUCACCUGGCUGGGAAGGAAAAUCGAUCUUAGUCUCCAUCGACCGGGUAUGGAACAGGGCACUGGCAAAUCUUUUGAUAUCGAUCUGGCCAAGCCAUCAACAACCCGUAUCUUAGAAAACUUCCAUCGCUGCUCUCUUCCGCCCACCAUUCAAGCCGCUUUCAACGUCGACAGCCCCUUUGUCAAUAUCAAGGAUACCAGCUCCUUCAACCAACACAAGUUCACAUCCAGCUCCAUGCGGCAGAUUCAUAGUCUUGUUCCAUUCUAUCCUGAAGACAUCACGUUUAUGAUAACGUCUAUCUUUCAGCACGAGUUUCAUUCCAACGAGCCUUUCAUAAGCUAUGAGUACUUUGGUCCUCGAUUGCGCCGGCUCAAAACAUACCUGGACAAUCAGCAGCCCACUACCCUGAAGCAGCUGUGGUUUGACAGGAGAGAUGCCCGGGCGUGGUGGACAUUUUGGGGUGGCGCUUUCUUUCUCGUUUUGUUUGCGGUGCUGGCUGCUGUCAAUGUGAGAUUCCUGGCUUUACUCUGA